GUGAGAGCAGCGUCCGGGAGACAAACGACUGUACAUAUGGACGCUUAGGACAACAUCAGCCUUUCCACCUCCCUUUCCCCCUCUCCUCGUGCGAGGAGCACUUCCGCUCAGCAUGCCCGAAGCAGCACAGGCUGGCGACGCCGCCCCAGCCCAGGAUGAUUGGAGCGCGAAGCUGUGGUCCAUUGGCAGGAGCGUGGCUCUCUUCGUGGCCAUCCAGUUCGCGAUGAAGCAGUUCAUGGGAGGCGGACAGCAGGCCGCUCCGUCCGCUCCCUCGUCGUCUGCGGGCGGAGAAACGGUGCUGGGCGAGUACAGCGCUGUGCCACAUACCCUCUUUCCGAUGUGGCCCACCAAUGCCACUGUCGAUGUCAGCCUCUACAUCUCGCCGAGCGUCGUAAUGCCGCCUUUCAGUUCUAUGCCACCAGACAGCCUGAUCGUGAAAGAGACGAACUUUGCCUUGGACAGAUCACGAAAAGACCACAGAGAAUCGCACAAGACCUUCCAUGUACCCAAGACGGUGCAGGACAAUGGUACACUAUGGGCACACAUUUUUGUAGCCCAGUCAGGCGCACAAUUGGACCCAGCAUCGCCUUCGUACGAUCCCAAGAAGGCAUACCGCAUGUUGCGACCCCUCACUUCGUACCUGCCCAAGAAGAAAGUACACAAGGUCCGCAAUCUGCUGGGAUCUCAAGAUGACGAAGGCGAGGAAGUUGUGGAAGAGGAACCGACCGGGCCUUCCAUCGCAUCCUACUACCAUCCAAACUUCACCCUCUCGUUCGUGCCCGAAAUCGGCAACGUUCAAUGGGCCACAUUGCAUCCCGCUGUCAAGCAAUUCUACACUCUAGAUGCCACUGGAGCCCGUGACGAGACGGGAAAGAACACUUGGUACUAUCCCGUCCUGUAUCUCAACACUUUCUGGCAGCUCAAGUCACAUAUGAUCGAGCUGAACUCCACGAUUCCACAGGAGACCUUGCCGAUCAAUGUUGAUGUGAGCACUCUGGCCAGCUGGCAAUUCAGCGUCAUGUGCAGUAUGGAUGAGGGCAUGAAAGAAACUGCUCGUAAGGCUGCUCGUGGAGAGAGCACACCUGGUGGCGGCGAUGGCUCUGAGAUGGAGCUUAUCAAGGAGACCUUGCUUGACACAAACCAGUGGCUUCUUGGCACGACUGUGAUUGCCAGUGUGCUUCACAUGAUCUUCGAACUGCUCGCGUUCAAGAACGACGUAGGUCAUUGGCGCAACAAGAAGGACAAUGUUGGCGUCUCUUUCAGAACGAUCCUGUCCAACGUUGUCAUGCAGACGAUCAUCUUCUUGUACCUGAUGGACAACAACGAGAACACGAGUUGGAUGAUCUUGUUCGGGCAGGGCAUGGGCAUUGCCAUCGAAGCCUGGAAGAUUACCAAGACCGUCAAUAUCCGCAUUCGUCAACCCGGACCCGGAUCGUACGCUCACUCGCUGGGCCUUCCUUAUACCGUUGUGUUCGAAGAUAAGCACAAACUCAGCGAGACCGAAGAACAGACCGAGGAAUACGACAGGAUUGCAUUCAAAUACAUGGGAUAUCUGGCCGUUCCUUUGCUCUUGGCUUAUGCAGUGUAUUCUCUGUACUACGAGGAGCACAAGUCCUGGUACAGCUUCAUCAUUACAACCCUCGUGGGAAGCGUCUACGCAUACGGAUUCCUCAUGAUGGUCCCAGCGCUAUACAUCAACUACCGCCUCAAGUCCGUGGCUCAUAUGCCUGGACGCACUAUGGCCUACAAGUUCCUAAACACAUUCAUCGACGAUCUGUUCGCAUUUACCAUCAAGAUGCCAAUCCUUCACCGUCUCGCGACUUUGCGCGAUGAUUUCAUCUUCUUUGUCUAUCUGUAUCAGACAUGGAAAUACAAGGUCGAUUACAGUAGAGUAAACGAGUUCGGCCAGGGCGGAGAUGAGGAAGAAGAAGAGAGCAAGAAAGCUGCCAAACCGCUCACGAGCACAGACGGGGCAAAGACCGAUUCUUCAGGAAAGCUGAAAGCCGAAUUAGACGCCAAAGUCGACGACGCAGCAGCCGCUGUAACAAGUGGUAAAGACAAGGGGGGUGCGAGGAAGCGAAAAAGCUAAGAAAGAAUUCCGUGCCCAGGACGAAGAACUCAAAUUUGCAUGUACAUCACUUACGGAUGAGGAGCUUGACACGAGAUCUUGUGU